AUGGAGAUUAACGUUCCCAACUUGAACGUAGAAGAGCUAGCGGCGUACGCUACCGCUAAGAGCCAGGCAGGAGUCUCGGACGAAGAGAUCCUGCGUGAGAUCACACAAAUGCUGAGAGAGGACGGGUGGAAGGAGGCAGCGAUUGGCCCAACAAUUGAAGCAGUUGUAAAACGGUCAACGGUGGUAGGAGAGAGAAGCCCGCCAAGGCAA